AAGACUGUUGUGAAAGUGUGGAGGCUCUUUGCAAGAAUGCAGUGACAGGUCUAGACCUGAACUUCCGCAUUGAGCAGGAAGAAAAUCAACAGUCAGAGAGCCAGAUGCAAUCCACAUCAGCACACCCUGCAUGUAACUGCUUUUUACUGGUGUAGAGCUUCAUCACAGGGUAAUAUUCGGUCCAUGAAGCGGUUAUCUUGAAACUAACUGGAGUAACAAGGAUUAAAACAAUCUGCAGAGAUGGACGACAUUGACGCCAUGUUCAGUGACCUGCUGGGGGAGAUGGACCUCCUCACUCAGAGCCUGGAACAGGAGGCAGGACCUCCCGAGCCUCCCCCCCCCACUAACAAGGAAGUCAACUUCUCAAUCGGCUUCACCGACCUGAAUGAGUCUCUCCAUGAACUGGAGGAUAAUGAUCUGGAUGCGCUGAUGGCUGAUUUGGUCGCUGAUCUCAAUGCGACAGAAGAGAAACUCGCAGCAGAGAUACAAGGUCUGACGGUGCCGUCGCCGCAACCAGCGGAUCUGCCGCUCAAAGGCCUGAGCUCUCAUGCGUCGCCAGUUUCACCAGCAUCUCCAGCGAGCAGCACAAGCAGCAAUGUUAGCACCUCGGCCACCUCCCCUCUACCACCUCCGCCCCCUCAGGCUGCAAAGCCUACAAAGGAGGAAAUCGAGGCGCAGAUGAAAGCAGACAAAAUCAAACUCGCUCUCGAGAAGCUCAAGGAGGCUAAAGUGAAAAAGUUGGUGGUGAAGGUGCUGAUGAACGACGGCAGCUCUAAAACCCUGAUGGUGGAUGAACGGCAGACCGUCAGGGAGGUUCUGGACAACAUGUUUGAGAAGACUCACUGCGACUGUAACGUGGACUGGAGCUUGUGCGAGACAAACCCCGAACUGCAGCUCGAACGGACAUUUGAAGACCAUGAGAACCUCGUGGACCCGCUCCUAGCAUGGGCGAGGGACACCGAAAACAAAAUCCUCUUCAAAGAGCGUGGGGAAAAAUUUGAGGUUUUCAAAAACCCACAGAACUUUUAUCUUUGGAAAAAGGAUAAGAAAGCCCUCAAAGAAAUAAAGGACAAAGACAAGGAGAUAUUAAUAGAGGAGAAUUUCUGCAGGACGUCCAUCAUCGUGCCCGACCUGGAGGGGGUGCUGCACCUCAGAGAGGAUGGAAAGAAGUCCUGGAAGCAGCGACUCUUCCAGCUGAGGGCCUCUGGGAUUUAUUAUGUGCCCAAAGGGAAGACCAAGUCGUCCCGUGACCUUGUUUGCUUUCAACAGUUUGACAACAUAAAUGUCUACUACGGCAAAGACUUCAAGACCAAAUACAAGGCCCCAUCGGACUUCUGCUUUGUUCUGAAGCAUCCUCAGAUCCAGAAGGACUCUCAGUACAUCAAGUACCUGUGCUGCGAUGACGCCUGGAGCAUGAAUCUGUGGGUGACUGGAAUACGGAUUGCAAAGUACGGCAAGUCUCUGUAUGAGAACUUUAAAACGGCCGAGAAGAAGGCAGCUGUCAACUCUGUGUGGAUGAACCGCAGCACUCCCUCCAGCUCCAAUCCAUCGACGCCCUCGCCCACCAUCAGAGCCAAGUCACAGAGUCAGGCAAACGGUCACGCUCCCAAACCCGAACCAGGACCUGCAUCCGAGGACUUUGGAAGCAUCCCACCUCCACCUCCUCUUCCUCCACCAUCAGGCGGGUUUUUUCCUCCGCCACCUCUGGACCCAUCAUUCCCUCCUCCACCGCCUCCUUUAGCUGCCUCGAAACCCGCCCUGCCCCAGCGACAACUACCAACCAACUUCCCUCCACCUCCACCUGCAAUGGACCUUCCUCCUCCGCCCCUGCCUCCGCCUGUCGACGACUCCUCAGAGGCACCACCAGACUUCCUCCCACCUCCUCCUCCUCCAAUGUCAGUGAAAUCCCUCCCAUCUCCUCAUCCAUCCUUUGGUUCAAUGCCACCUCCUCCUCCAUCCUCUGGUUCAAUGCCACUUCCUCCUCCUCCUCUGUCAGCGAAAUCCCUCCCAUCCCCUCCUCGGUCCUUUGGUUCAUUGCCACCUCCUCCUCCUGCGUCAAUGAAAUCACUCUCACCGUCACCACCCUGUUUCAGGGGCAUGGACCAGUCUAUGCCUCCUCCACCACCCGACCCAAGCUUUUUACCACCUCCUCCACCUCAGCCAGUGUUCACAGGGGCUGGGGCUCCUCCUCCUCCACCACCUCCUCCUCCUCCUCCACCCUCUGCUCCUACCGCCGCCCCAAGAGGAGCAGCGCAGUCUUCUGGAUCGUUGAAGAAGAGGCCUCCUCCUCCACCAAAGAGGACUACACCAUCGCUGCAUGGAGAAGGAGGAGGAGGAGGAGGUGGGGACUUGAUGUCAGAACUGAUGUUAGCCAUGCAGAAGAAGCGUGGCGACCAUUAGUCUGAGCAGGUCAUUUGUGGAGAAUAAAUAAGAACUCUGUCGAACGAAGAGUAAUUUAAAACUUAAUCUGCAUUUUCCAUCCGCAGCUGUUCUAAUGUCACAUCUGGAGAUCAAUACACACAUUGAUCCACUUAUCCAGAGCAUUGUGGUGAUUCAUCUGUAGUCCAGCCUGGUAACUGUUUUAAAACUUGGUUAGAAAUCAGUGACAGCUGUAAGAAAACAUUCAAUCUUGCUGCUGUCAUCAUAGUUUUUUUAUAGAGUUGUAUAUAUUGUCAUGUUUACCUGGUAGAAUACAGAGUGUUGUUAUUUUUCAAAUGACUGUCAUCUAAAUAAAAACUCCUGAA